AUGAGUCUUUCCAAGACCCGGAGAUCACGUAAAUUAACUCUAUUCUCAGAGGUCUCUACACAAGAGGAAAAUGCCCAAGAGUUGACAAUAUCCCAAACAAAAAGCCUGCGCUCAAGGCCCAGGAAGAUUCCACAACAAUCAGAGAGCUCUUUUCCCUCAGCUUCCACUGAGCAGACCUCUCACUCAUCCAGCUACGGGGCUGCUCCAGAGAAGCGAUGGGUCAGGUGCACAUACUUCACCCAGGUGCGCACAGUCAAGGGGGUGGCCGUGGCCUGGCGGACCAAAACCUCCUUUGCACCUGUGGGCAAGAUGCCCCAGGUCUUUGAGGCGAAGCUCUCAGAGGACAGCACCAUCGGCUCUGCCCCCAGUCUGGCCUACAUCAAGUCCCUGGUGAGUGCCCUGGAGCCCUGGCAGGAGAGGCCCGAAACCCACACCCCAGAGCCCAGUGUCUGGGGGGAGGAGCACGGGGAGAGGUCCCGUGCAGCCACCCAGGAGUGGCUGGUGACCCGCGAGCUCACGAAGCAUGGUGUCAGCCAGGGCUUCAGCUGCCACGUAUUCUGUGAGGAGCUGCUGGAGAGGUGGCAGCUGCCCUCAGCCCAGUGCAGGCCCCAGUGCUGCCAUCAGCUGGCCAGGUGCCACCUGACAGCUGCCAAGAAGAGGGAGGUGAGCGAGAAGAGAACAGUCUGCAGGCAUCUGGAGGAGCAGCAACUGGAGAAGCAGAGAGAGGAGCUGAAGAGGCUGAGGCACCAGCUGGCACAGCUGCAGGGCCAGGAGGCCAGGCUGCAGAGGGCGCUGGCAUGGCCUCAAGGCCAGAUGGGGAAGCACCUGAAGACCUGCUAG